ACGCGAAUGUGGUUGGUAUAAGCUGACAUGGGGUGCUUCUUGUUGGGUAACACUUCUUCCACAUGUGUGUGUGUGUAUACUCACAGGGAACUUAUAUACGGCAAACCGAGACGUUUGCCCAGCGCCAAGUUGGAAACCAACCCCCCGGCCCCUAAACGUCGGUGGAACAAACAACCGCCCGAUCUAAGCUGCUGAUAAAUCAUGGACGCAUUUUCCUCCGUCCCUGUGUCACCCUGCAGGCUGUCUGUGUAGGACCCAUGUCGCUGUUCUAUCUUCUUUCGGUCAGUAGCCCCAGCGCCAUCUGCAGCCUUGCGGCACGUUCUCUCCCAGAUGAGGCUGUUGUCGAAGCGAGCCUCAGUCGAUCCCCCAAGGAAACUCCUCCGCGGAAUUGGGCGAACCAGAUGGUGCAGCCUAUGGCGGGCGUAGCCGGAUAUUUUCUCUCCCCCACUGUC